GCCUCCCAGACAAGGAGGGAGGACAGGGUGAAGGUGAGGAUGAUUUUGAUAAUAAAGAUAACGACUCAAUAUCAAACUACAUAAACACAAUAAGUCGUGCUAUGCUGAUAUGCGACGACGAUGAGCCUUCACCCGUCUCCAGCGACGAAGUAUUUUUUAUAUGCGAGGAGCAGACUAAUGUCAAAUGUGAUGAUAAAAAAAUAAUAAAAGACUCAAACGAUAAGAUGAAAAUUGAAUUUUAUCCGCGAGUGCAGUCUGGCAUUCAGAAGAAACCAACAAAAACAUUGAAGGCAGACAGUAUCGAUGAGAUUAAAAAUACCCAGAAAAAAAUUGGCAAUAUUUUGAGUAGAAAGAAAAAUAAGAAGGUAUUCUGCGAUGCAUCAUCAUGCACUGCUGACGAUAAUAAUCAGAUAUUUGAAAAAAUCAUAACAACUGGUGAUAACGAUGAGGGACAUGAGACUGCUCACACGAUACUCGUUAAAAUACAGGUUGAAAAUUGCUCCCAGUGUCCAGAUAAAUCGAUAUCAGUUUAUUCACACGAUAUGAAUCAGAAAAAAAUCAAUUGCAUUGAGCAGUGCAAGAUUAAAAAUAGCAAGACAGUUGCUGUACAGGUGAAUUUCAAUUCAAUUGAAUCAGCUGUUGAGUCACAGUGCGUUAAGAUAAGUAAAAUACGUCGUUGCAGUAGGGCAUCGAGAUUCUCUCAGACAUCGAUAACAUCAAAUAAAGGGAAGAGAACAAAUAAUGAACAGGACGUGGAGAAAUCGCCUGUGGCUUCUGCAUCGAGCCAACCGGAGAAUCCAACGAAAAUUUAUCUCUGGAGAGGGAAGAAUUUCAAGAGUCAAUCGAUGACACACAAGACCAACGAGAAGAACUCCGAGACUGUUGCUUGCGAUAACGACGAUAAGAGCAAAACGAUACAGGGAAAGAGCUUUUCGGUGGAUAGGGGAUCGUUGAAGAAGAAAAAGAGUCAGGCAAUCAGUCCAAAUAAGAAGUCAAAUCGCUCGUCAUUGACUAUUGGCUCUGAUAAUAUCAGUAUCAAUCUGUCAAAGUACUCGCCCUGCGCCAGCAGACUCGCCGCUAGCUCAAAGAUUUUGGGGAAUAAUGUCAAUUCAUCGUCGACAUUGAGCCCUGAGAGUCCCCUGCAUGCUGUCAGACCCAGGAGCCCAGGGAGAUUGGCUGAGCCUGCUAUUGAAAAAGCCGAGGCUGAGAAGAUGACGCUUCAAGCUAGCUUAUCACUCAAUAUUGAUCAGUUCAAGAAGACUCAUCCAACACCUAGAAGUAGGAGCGUUGGUGACAGCUGUGUCACAUCACCCACCAGUGAAGCUACAACAACCAUGAGCUACUCACCAACUGGCACUGAAAUUCUAUCCCUCGAUGAAGUUGGACACCAUUCAACGAAUAAUGAUCUUUCUCUGUCUGCACCGGAUUUGAAAGUUCUCAAUGGCAUUGCGGGACUCACCACACCUUCCAAGGUCAAUCUCGAAACCAAGUGUUAAUUAUCAGGAUUGAGGGAGGGAUAGAAUAAUUUUUGUUUAAUGGGGAUUGCAAGGUGUGAAGAGGUGGAAAGGACAAGGAUAUUUUUGGCUGAUGCACAUUGGUGGAAUCUUUUGAGGGAAAAAGUUUGCCUGGAUGUCUUCAGAGUGGAAACUUCUCUCGUUCUUGAGAAGUUGGACAGAUAAUCGAGGCGUCAAGGGUUUAUUUGGGGAUUCUGUGGAUGAUAGUUUCGUGGGUUCUUGAUGAGGCCGUUUAUCUCUCAUCUCUUGAGAUUCUUUUGAUACUGAAGAUUCAGAGCUUUCAGAUUCGUUCUCGGUGGGUAUUUGGGAGGCGAGGUUUUCGCUUGGGGAUUUUUGUUUGUUCUUUUUUUUUUCGUUGCGAUAGCUUUAUUAGAUUGUGAGGCUUUCGUCAGGAGCUCUGAAGACAAAUGACUGAAUUAUGGGAGGAUGAAUUGAAUCCUUUCGUCUUCGAAAAUCACUGGGAGUGAGAUCAGUCUCGAUGAUAAUGAAGAAAGCUAAGGAACUAACACGUAAUCUUUGAUGUCUCCGUCAUCUCAGUCGAGUGCUUUGUCAAGGUCGUUUUAAUCGUUCAUGACAAUCGAUAUUGUUGCUACACGUGUCACUGGUUCAAAGGAAAUUUAUCGAUUUACUUGGGCUUUACUUUUCUUCGGGAGUUUUCUGAUAAAAUCCUAGUGCCAAAGAACAAUAUUGAGAUUUAUCUGUUUUUGUCGGUUAUUUUUAUUUUUUUCUUUGUAGAUGUGUGGGGAGUACAAUUCUCUCUGGUAAACAAUUGUCUGGGGAUAUUAUAAAUUUAAUUGUGAGGUGCACAUCAGAUUUGACUUCAAUCGAAUCAAUUAUGGGAAAAAAUGGACAUCCAAUUGAAUUAAUUUUUCUAAGGAUCUUCAUAAACAAGAAAUUAACUCCCAAAUUUUCUGAAUACUCCUAUACUCGCUCUCUAGAUUACUCCGGAAAUGGAAAACUAGUUGUUUGUCUUUUCAUUGCAAUUUUUAUCUAUUCAGAUGAAUUAUUAUUAUUAGAGAUAUUUCUAUUUCUAAUUACAAUAAUUCUCAUUAUCGAACUGACUCAUCUUUUCGCUACUGGCAUAUUAAAUAUUUCCAUGCGAUAAUUUAUGCAUUAGAAAAAUAAUUUUCAAACAUAUCAGGAGGUCCAUUUUACCCUAGCUCUCCCCUGUGCAUUCAUUACAAUUGCGUAAUUGAGAGACAAAGAGGAUCGAAUAAUGAGUGAGAUGAAUGAAAUUUUUUUGACCUCAAAAGAUUUCAGAAUUUUAUGAUCAAUCAGAUUUGGCAUUUAAUUAAUUUUAGUCCGAAAAACAUGAUUAUUAUCAUUGUAAGCAGUUACUUACGAAGUUUAUGUUAUGAUAAAUUGGUUAAUGAUUAAAAUAAUUUUCUUAUGAAUUUUCUGUUUUUAUUUUGAGCUGUACGAUCUAUUGUACGUCCCAUACAUCUCAACAUUUCUUCAUAAUAAACUAUUGAAAGCAUUCGAUAAUCGAAUUGUUGUAAAGUUCGACGAGAAAGUUGAUACUGCCCUACAUUAAUUGUCUGCAUCUUUCAUUAGCGAGUUAUCCUGUACUAUUCAUCUUAAGGAGAAGCAAUAUAUGCAUAAAUAUAUAAGAUAGUUAACGAUAUACAUUAAAACCGAUUAAUAGUUAAUAAACCCACCAAAUAGUAAUGAGGAGAAAUAACAGUUCUUCCACAAUUUUUAGCUAACUUGAAUAUACAAAUGAUUAUCAUUAAUGAAAUAUAUAAAUAUAUGUGCGGCGAUUGGCGCUAUCCUGUGUCUUACCGAAAACAAAACAAAAAUCAUUGAUACUGAGAGUAAUCUUUUACACGAGAUAAUAAUGAAAAUAGAUAGGGACAAUAUCAUUGCCAAACUCGACUAAAUUAGGUAAACUCUGAAAAUUUUAAUGGGAAUGGGGAAAUUAGAGUGCGUGUAUUGUGGAUGGAAAUUUUGGGGUUGGUGUACAGAUGGGGAUGUGUUUUUUCUUUGGAAAGCAUUUGAUUGAGGUGGGAAUUAAUGUUAAAACUCCAUUUUUUCAUUAUGCGGGAAUGAAAAAGAAUAUUUUAUUUUCUUUACAAUUUUUUUCUGACAAAUUAGUUCGUUAAGAAGGAGAAGUGAUUAAAAAAUGUGAAUGAGUUUGUGGAAUUGAUGAUUUUUCAUUGAGUAUUGAGAAUUUAUUUUAUGUUGUUUAAAUAUUCGAGAGGAUUUGUCUUGAAUUAUUUUUUUUAUUGGACGCCAAUGUUAUUUCUCACCUGGAAAUCAAAGGGCUCCCAUGGGCUGAUGAAUCGCCGAGUAACGAAUGAUCGAUACAAUUUAAAAAAUGUCUAAUCCUAGGACAUGGUAAUUCAUAUUAUUUCUACGAAUGUUCAGCUGUACUUAAGGCACUCGACGCAGAAAAGUAAACGAUAAGAAAUCUGAAUUGAAUUGAGUGAGAGUUAAUGCCAAUUACUCAACGAGAGGUUGAAAUAUUAUUUUUUCAUGAAUAAGUUUUAAAAAUUAUGAUGAAAACGAUAGAAAGAGGAGUUAUGAAAAAAUAUCGUUUUACUUUGAAAAUUUAUUUGCUUUGUAGACUGGAAAUUAUUUCAAUUAAAUGUGAUAUUUUCACUCCAUCUGUUAGACAAUUACCUCAUUCCAUUGUUUUUUCUCCCUACGAAUAAAUACGUUAAUUAGUUAUUUAAAUUGAUUGAAAAAUCGUAAGAAUGUGAAGUGCUUUAUGAGAAAAGUACUUAGUUGGUGAGGAUUUUUAUUAGUUUUAAAAAAAUGGGGCUUUGUACAUUCGAAACGAUUCUAUACAAAUGUUGGGAAAGUGAAAUACAAAUUUUGAUUGAA